AUGUCGCGUCCCGAAGAUACGCUCGCCGCCGACGUGCACUACGACGACGUCGAAGCCCGCAAGUACACCACGUCGUCCCGAAUUCAGAACAUCCAGGCCAGCAUGACGCGGCGCGCCCUCGACCUGCUCGACCUCCCCCACCCGAGCCUCAUCCUCGACGUCGGCUGCGGCAGCGGCCUCUCCGGCGAGAUCCUCUCGGCGGACGAGAGGGGACCCCACACGUGGAUCGGCAUGGACGUCUCGCCCAGCAUGCUCGACGUGGCCCUGCAGCGCGACGUCGAGGGCGACCUCAUGCUCGCCGACAUCGGCCAGGGCGUGCCCUUUCGCGCCGGCACCUUUGACGCCGCCGUCAGCAUCUCGGCCAUCCAGUGGCUCUGCAGCGCCGAGAGCAGCGAGAUGAGCCCCGCCGCGCGCCUGACGCGUUUCUUCAACGGUCUUUACGCCUCCCUCAAGCGCGGCGGCCGCGCCGUCUGCCAGUUUUACCCCAAGAACGACACGCAGCGCAACAUGAUCACCCAGGCGGCCAUCAAGGCCGGCUUCGGCGCCGGCAUCCUCGAAGAUGAUCCGGGCACCAAGAACGUCAAGCUCUACCUCGUCCUCACGGCGGGCAGCAGAGAAGCGGAGGGAGGCACGGCGUCGGGUGACAUCACGGGCGUCGUGGCCGGCAUGGACGACGUCGACGUCCUCGACGCACGCAAGGGUUUGAAGAGCAACGCCGUGAGCAUCAAGAAAGGCAGCAAGGCGUGGAUCGUCAAGAAGAAGGAGCAGAUGGAGCGCAAGGGCCGCGUGGUCAAGGCAACGUCCAAGUACACGGGACGGAAACGUCGCAUCCAGUUCUAG